AUGGUAUGUAAAAAAUACAAUGUAUUCGAUAUAUCACUUUCAAGACAUACAACAUUAAAACCGUUGAAAUUCGGUAUAAUCGAUGAGAUUAAAUCAACAGCUCGUAUUGGCCUCUGUGAAUUUGUUUAUGAAAAGAACAGCAUACCAUUAUUCGAUAAACAAAAGCAUAUUGAUUAUAUUGUUGAAUCUUCUAUUAGUGUCAUACAACGUCUUAUUCAAAUAUGUUCAGAUUCAGUAAUAAGACGAAGUGCAAUAAUAAAUAUUUCAACAGGUACUCAUGAUUUAUUUUCAUUAUAUAUUACAUUAAUAUUAUCAUUAAUGAUACUAACAAAUUUAUCCGUCUCUUAUCUAGAAGAUUUUCAACAACUAAAUCAAUUAAAAUUUGCUGAAUGA